CUAAAUAUAGCGUACAAAUGAUUCAGUCACACGCGGUCUGCGCUACCAACCAUACACAGAAGAGUCUCACAAAAAAGCAAAAUAAUGACCAGUGUAGACGCCGGUCAAAUCAUACAAUCAACCCACAAGGAUCUGAUUACCAUAAAGGAAUGUGAACAAGUUGUUCGUAGCUCGCUUCGGAUUAAUAAUCCAUUGAUUGUGGACUAUAGGCUCCAUAAGAUAUCUGGACAUAUAGGAUUUCUCGGAGAGUAUUUCCAACUGGAAAUCACUGUGGAGAACGAUGGAAUCCAAUUCGUCGAACGUUACUUCCUCAAAUCACUCCCCCUGGACAACGUCCCACGACGAACGAUGAUCGAGGAGAAGGGUUUCUUCCGGAAGGAGGUUCAAGUUUACACCAAACUGUUGUCGGACUUUGGUCACAAUGACCAAGCGUUUAAAUGGCGACCGAACUGUUAUCUCGCUCGAGACGAUUUGCUCGUGAUGGAAGACUUGAAGCGUCAUCAUGGAUUCAGCGUGUUGCAGUCUAGGACAGAGUUGCGCCCAGCGCAUAUGCGGUUGAUACUGGACGCGGUAUCGCAAAUGCAUGCAGUGUCGCUGAAUUAUGAGAUUAAUGAUGCCACAGGGAAACGAUUGGACGAGAUUUGUGCCGACGGAAUGCUGGACAUGUCGGGUCUGAAAGAUAACAGUUGGUUUAUGGCGGGAUUGAGUGCAAUUAAAGUAAUCGCAUUGAAUGGCACAAAUUAUUGCAAGGAUUCGUUCAAAAAACAGAUGAUAGAGCAACAGCUUGGUAACAAGCUUCGUCGUGUGUUUGAUCUCUGCAUAUCAAGCAAUAAAUUUCGGAAUGUGUUUACCCAUAGAGACGUUUGGUUGAAUAACCUGAUGUUCCAAUUUGAGAAGUCUGCUAUUACUGGCGAGGAUGAUUUGAAUGCACCCAAAAAGUGUAUAUUACUAGACUUCCAGGUCUGCUGCUAUUUACCACCGGUGGUGGAUUUCUUGCUAACAAUGUAUUUAAACACUGAUAGAUGCUACAGAGAAAAAUAUUUGAAAGAACAUUUCGAAGACUAUCGGAAUGCUCUAACCAAUAGAUUGAAACAGUUCGGAUUAGAAUUGGAAGAACUUUUUGGCAGUAAUGAGCUUCAAGUUAGUUUAGAGCAUUACAAAAUGAUAGGUCUUGUCUUUGGUGGGAUCUAUCGGGCAUUGACAGAUCUACCGGAAAAUGUAUUAGAUGAGUUAAGCAGAAAUGAUCCCGAGCGGUACCAUAUGUAUUGCAACGUGAACCGAGAUGAGCUUGUGCUGAAAUAUUUGCACGAGGAUGAAGAUUAUCGGCGAAAUAUGGUGGAAAUAGUAGAAGAAUUACUUGAGAUCUCAUUUGGGUUUUAGAUAGAAUAUUGUACAAGACUUAUUAUGACAAAUGAUGUGUAUUUUCAUACAGUAAAAAUAACAAGUUGGGUGACUUGAAGAUAAACAAUAGACUGAUUUCUUGAAAGUUUCCAAUGAUUUCUCCAGUGAUUUUCAAUGGAAUGCGGGUUAACACAAACAACUAUCAAUUACAUUCUAACUAAAAAAAAAUCUAGGGAAAAUAAAUUCAAAAUUCUCUAACACCUCAAAUGAAGUAAUAAAAACGGCGAAUUCAACAGA